AUGUUGAAUUAUGGAAAUGUUGUACUGGCAAGUUUCCUAGUCUUUCUACCAUUUGUUCAAAUGGUAACUCUGGAACAAGGCCUCGCAAAUCCUGAUAAGUAUAUACGUUAUGAUAGAAACGAGUUCAACAUUGGAAUGCACGUUGGCCUUUCGUUGAUUAUUAUCACUUGGGUACAAAAGGAAACGUCAUACAUAAAUGAAAAUUACAAGCUUCAAUUUGAAUUUUGCUUGAUAUUUCCUAUCCGUUCCCAUCGAACUGUCUCUCUUCUUUUGUCAUUGCUACUACUCUAAUGAAUGAAUGAGCAGCGAAUACGAUCGCUAAUCAGUCAUUCAGUCGGCUAGUAGAAAAACAAUCAUUAAUUGCUGCUCUCUGUUUGUUGUCUUUUGUUUUUUGAUUCUGUACUAAAUUAUUGUUAACUGAAUAACUGUAUGUCACGUUUCUAAUAUAUGUGUCUUUGUAGGUGUGUAUCGCUGUGUGCAUAGACCUGUGCGUAAUUUUCUGUUAUGCCUUAGCGACUACAAUUUAACUAUUUGUGUUGGUGUACGUGUAUGUGAAUGUAUGUGUGUGUGUAUGUUUAUCUGACUUCAUUUAUUCAUAUGU